CCCGAUGCAGGACUUGAUCCCAGGACUCCAGGAUCAUGACCUGAGCCGAAGGCAGUUGCUUAACCAACUGAGCCACCCAGGCGCCCCAUUACCACCUUUAUUGCUCCAGGUUUCCGGGGAGGAAACAGGCCCAGGAGGGCAAUUUCUUGCCACCCUCACACCUAGUUAAGUAGCAGCUCUGGUCUCAGCACAAGUUCUAACCACCGGACCUUCCCAGCAGUCAGCCUGAGACAAAUAACUGUCUGGGCCUCAGUUUCCUCAGCUGUAAACGGGCCUGUGGUUGAAAGAAGAAAGUGGUUGUACGGCCUGGCACAGGAGGUGCUGAGUUCCCAACCUCUCUCAAGUCCCAGGCCACGGCGGUCUCCAGGCCUGAGCCCCUCACUUCCUGCCCCCCAACCAGCAGGGGGAGCCAACAACUUAGCCAAGCUCUGAGAAAGGCAAGUCAGCCUGGCCCUUCAUUAGCUCAGACGUGGCAGGAAGCCUCAGUGGCUGUGGACAGGCCAGAAGGGGCCAGGCCUCCAUACCUCCUCCCUGCUGCAGCUUUGCAUUGUCCACACCCCCUUCUCAGGGCCCACACCCACUCAUGGCCCCUUUAAACCCUGGAGGCUGAUUUUAAGUCUCUUCCUCUGUUCUGCACAGCACACCUGGGGAGGGCAAAGUUGGCUCCUGGCUGAGCCCGAAGUCUGUCCUGAGACUGAGAGGGAAGGCGUUAGGCUGUAGGCCAAGAAGAGUUGUUCCUAUCAGCUUUGAAGAGUGCAGUCUCCAUAGAAGACGGGCUCAGUGACUCAAGGAGACAUGCUGCCAGCAGGAGCAAACCAUACCUGGUUCAGACACACCUCUGCAAGUGUGUCCGCCCCUCCCCCACUCCCCAUUCUGGGCACUAGGGAUACAGCCGUGACCGCAGACCCUAUCCCCAUGGAGCUCACAGGCCAGAUCAACAAGGAAAUGAGCUAGCUAAAACGACAAGCAUUAUCCACAGAGACACUCUGGGGGCUGUGGAGGACAGGAGGGAGCCCCUGCCCAGCUGUGAAGGGGCCUCCGUAGGAUGUGUGGCAUCCCAGUAAGACCUGAUGGGUGAGGGGCAGCCAGCCCCACAAGCUGUGGGAAGACAGUGUUCCAGACUGGGAGGGACCUGCGUGCGGGGGCCAGUCCGACGAUCCUUCUGUGCGCUGCCUGGGCUGCAGCGACACCCAGGGCCCAAAAGGCAGAUGGUGAGGAAAGGGAGGGUCACCCCGACCUCAUCCCUGCAGCGAAGAGAGGACACCUAGGAAGGGUCGCCUAGGAAGGCAGGCGAUGGUAAGGGGGCGCUCCCCUCACAGCCAGUGGGAAUCCUCCCAUCUCUGGGGACCUGGGCCACCCCCUUCGUCCUCCCACCCCAGGUGGGGCAACACUCUCUGCACCCCUCUCGACAGACAAGUUGGGGCCUCGAUACUAGGAAAUAAGGCCCCCGGGUUCCGGUCUCGGCUUCACCACUGACUCGAAUUGUGAUCUCCAAGUCUUCGCCCCUCUCUGCCUCAUUUUCCCCAUCUGAAUCCUGGGACCUCUGACCUCCCACGCCAUACCGCUCUGGCUUUGGGAUUCUGGGAUAUUUGGAGAUGGACUUUUGCUUCUGGGGCGAGUUCGGCAGGACUGACGGCACGAGUGCCAGCCAGUCUGGGUCCCCCAUUCGAUUCCAUUCCCUAGGGAGAGUCGGGGAACAGCGUGACCCGCAAUACCCUUGGAAACUACAUUUCCCGGCAUGCGAAGGGGGAGGCGGCACCCUCCUGUCUAGGGACACGUCGUCCCCGGCCCGCCUAAAGACUACGACUCCCGGCGUGCCCUGCGGCCCAGGGCCUGAAGGGCCCGGAUCCGGAUCUGCGGUGGCUUGCAGCUCGGGUGUGCGAGUGCGGGGGAGAUGGCCACGGGGACAGACCAGGUGGUGGGACUCGGCCUCGUCGCCGUUAGCCUGAUCAUCUUCACUUACUACACCGCCUGGGUGAUUCUCUUGCCAUUCAUCGACAGCCAGCAUGUCAUCCACAAGUACUUCCUGCCCCGAGCCUACGCUGUCGCCAUCCCGCUGGCCGCCGGCCUCAUGCUGCUCCUGUUUGUGGGACUGUUCAUCACCUACGUGAUGCUGAAGAACCAGAAAGUGACCAAAAAGGUUCAGUGAAGGCCCAGCAGGGCUGAGGCUGCUGGCCUUUCCUCUGCCUCCCCUCCAAAGGUGGGGUGCAUAGGACCCAUCCAGGCACUGCAGCCCCCUCCAGCCUGGCUGCCCUGCAGACAUCCCUGUGGGAUGGAGCUGUCUGGGACCUACCACACAGGCCUGCUCCUUCCCUGCUCAACCUUCCAGAAGCCAGGAGGGACGAUUACCUGGAAGCCUCCCCCUCACCCCUUUCUGGCUCAGGGCCUGAAAGAUGCCGGUCAUCCCUACCUCACCUUCAGACUCCCUGUUGCCUUUUCCCCUGGGUUCUACCCUCUUGUUUCAGUUUCCCUCCUGUCACCUGCUGAUGUCGGACUUGGUAGGUUCUGAGGCAUCAUGCGACCUUUUCCCACAUGUCCUGCUCCUCCUCGGAGGCAGCUUUCCCAGGUCUGACAUUGCUCUGGGCCUCACAAAGCCUAAGGGGAGGACUGACAGGCUCUGGGGUUACCACCAGGCCUCAGGGUCCAUUAGGGUGGCCACAGUGGGCCCCCGGACCAACUGCUUCUCACAGGAGGCCCAGCCCCCCAGCCCUAGCGCUGGCCUCUUGGGGAGAGCUGAACAAUAAACACUGAUGAUGUGUU